GAUGCCUGUCUCCUGCUACUGCCGCUUCCUCCGCUGCAGGGACUCGGCCCGAGGAUGCCAGCCCCCAUCAGACUGCGGGAGCUGAUCCGGACCAUCCGGACAGCACGAACCCAAGCAGAAGAGCGUGAAAUGAUUCAGAAAGAAUGUGCUGCCAUCCGGUCAUCCUUCAGAGAAGAGGAUAAUACAUACCGCUGCCGGAAUGUGGCAAAACUACUGUACAUGCACAUGUUGGGCUAUCCUGCGCAUUUUGGACAGUUGGAGUGCCUCAAACUUAUUGCCUCUCAGAAAUUCACAGACAAGCGCAUUGGGUACUUAGGUGCCAUGCUGCUACUGGAUGAGAGACAGGAUGUCCACCUUCUCAUGACCAACUGCAUCAAGAAUGACCUUAAUCACAGCACGCAGUAUGUGCAGGGGCUGGCACUCUGCACCCUCGGCUGCAUGGGCUCCUCUGAGAUGUGCAGAGACCUGGCAGGAGAAGUGGAGAAACUCCUCAAAACAUCCAACUCUUACCUAAGGAAAAAGGCAGCACUGUGUGCUGUGCAUGUCAUUAGGAAGGUGCCUGAACUCAUGGAGAUGUUCCUGCCAGCCACCAAAAACCUACUGAAUGAGAAGAAUCAUGGUGUUCUUCAUACAUCAGUUGUCCUCCUCACAGAGAUGUGUGAGAGAAGCCCAGACAUGUUAUCACACUUCAGAAAGCUUGUACCCCAGUUAGUUCGUAUUCUAAAGAACCUUAUCAUGUCUGGAUAUUCACCAGAGCAUGACGUGUCUGGGAUCAGUGACCCCUUCCUGCAGGUGCGAAUCCUGCGGUUACUAAGAAUUCUGGGGCGAAAUGAUGAUGACUCAAGUGAAGCAAUGAAUGACAUACUUGCGCAGGUUGCCACUAAUACAGAAACAAGUAAAAACGUGGGUAACGCCAUCCUCUAUGAAACUGUAUUGACUAUUAUGGACAUCAAGUCUGAGAGUGGACUGCGAGUGUUAGCCAUUAACAUCCUAGGCCGUUUCUUGUUAAAUAACGACAAAAACAUUAGAUAUGUAGCUUUGACAUCUUUGUUGAAGACUGUGCAGACAGACCACAAUGCAGUACAGCGGCACAGAAGCACCAUUGUGGACUGCCUAAAAGAUCUGGAUGUCUCCAUUAAACGGCGUGCAAUGGAGCUGAGCUUUGCAUUAGUUAAUGGGAACAACAUCCGUGGAAUGAUGAAGGAACUUCUGUAUUUCCUGGAUUCCUGUGAGCCAGAGUUCAAGGCAGAUUGUGCCUCUGGAAUAUUUCUUGCAGCAGAGAAAUAUGCCCCUUCCAAACGCUGGCACAUAGACACAAUUAUGCGAGUCCUAACAACGGCAGGAAGUUAUGUUCGAGAUGAUGCUGUCCCCAACCUGAUCCAGCUGAUAACAAAUAGCAUGGAGAUGCAUGCCUAUACUGUACAGAAACUCUACAAAGCCAUCCUUGGUGACUACUCCCAGCAGCCCCUAGUGCAGGUGGCCUCUUGGUGUAUGGGAGAAUAUGGAGACCUCUUGAUAUCUGGUCAGUGUGAAGAGGAGGAGCCAGUUCAGGUAACGGAAGAGGAAGUACUUGAUAUUUUAGAAAGUGUCCUGAUAUCAAACAUGUCUGCAUCCGUUACACGAGGUUACGCUCUCACCGCCAUCAUGAAGCUUUCCACGAGGUUCACCUGCACUGUCAACCGCAUUAAGAAGGUUGUGUCCAUCUAUGGCAGCAGCAUUGAUGUGGAGCUCCAGCAGAGGGCAGUGGAGUACAAUGCACUUUUCAAGAAGUAUGAUCACAUGAGGUCAGCCCUACUUGAGAGAAUGCCAGUUAUGGAAAAGGUGACCACAAAUGGCCCCACUGAGAUUGUACAGACCAAUGGAGAGACAGAGCCAGCAGUGCUGGAAACCAAACCUCCCCCCUCUGGGCUGCAGCCCACCAGCCAGGCAAAUGACUUAUUGGACUUAUUGGGAGGAAAUGAUAUAACCCCAGUCAUUCCAACUGCCCCUACAAGCAAGCCAACCUCUGCCGGUGGGGAGCUCCUUGACCUCCUGGGAGAUCUCAACCUAACAGCUUCUCCAGCCCCGGUCCCUGCCCCACAGAUAUCGCAGCCUCCGUUCCUGUUGGAUGGGCUCUCAUCACAGCCUCUCUUCAAUGAUAUUGCUGCUGGCAUCCCCUCCAUCACAGCAUACAGCAAGAAUGGGCUGAAGAUAGAGUUCACCUUUGAGAGAUCGAACACCAACCCCAGCGUCACCGUGAUCACGAUACAAGCCUCCAACAGCACAGAACUGGAUAUGACAGACUUUGUUUUCCAGGCUGCGGUACCAAAGACAUUCCAGCUGCAGCUUCUGUCUCCCAGCAGCAGCAUCAUCCCAGCAUUUAACACGGGGACCAUCACACAGGUCAUCAAAGUUCUGAACCCACAGAAGCAACAACUACGUAUGCGGAUCAAGUUGACCUAUAAUCACAAGGGCUCAGCAAUGCAGGAUCUAGCAGAAGUCAACAACUUCCCCCCUCAGUCGUGGCAGUGAGGCUCUGGCACCAUUCUUACUCACCCCACCCAAUCAAAGGAACUCUGGGAAGAAGGUUGAUCCCGGCAAUCCCCCAAACUGCACCAUGGACCUGGGGAACGAUGAGACCUGCUGAUGAGGAGGAAUCUUCCGGAAGUGAUUGCUGAUUUUGAAGCAUAUCUGUUGAGACUAAUUUCCUCCCCUCCACUGAUGAGGCUUGCUGUUUGUGGAGUCUGCUCUGCACUCCCCCAUGCAUUCACAGCCGGAAGCAACAUUCCCCUUCCCCCCCAAGAAACAUGCAGCUCGUUUGGAAGAGAGGCCUGGAAUUGCUUGCAAGGAAACACUUUUUUCUCUCCUCCCCCCUCCUGCCCCCGUGCAGCAAGUGAGCAGCUGUCCCUUCCUUCUGCUGCCUUCUUUCCGUGGGGUGGGUAAGGUGGGUUCUGAGUCAUUACUAGCUGGGUUACCAUCUUCAGGCACUUUCAUCUGGGGUUUGGGGGAAAAGCUUCUCCAGGACCAUUAGGGAGCCCUGCCUUUUUUCUUUCGGUUUCCCCAAUGUGUGAAGAGGCUGUAGGCUCCUAGUGGCCUAUUCUGUGCAUUGCUGUAUAGACACAGACACCUUAGCGAUACGAUACCAACAGCAGGUCAGGGACAGAGCGCGGAAAAAGUGAUGCUGAUGAGAUCUGAUCCAGUUGAUUUGGUGCUAUAUUUGAACAUGAAGCCCUGACACUUCCAUUUCCUUCACUUUCCAUCAUUGGUUGCAGCCAUGCAGACUCACAAUGGCUCUUCUGUAGCUAUCUCGAAAGCAUCACAAUGGAUCAGAGACCUAGAGCUCCAACUUACCCCAUGCCCAAAAUUUCAAAACUGUCUUAUUGCCCAGUCCCUUGACUGUUGGCUGUGGUAGGUGGGUAGAAAGGCAACGUUCCACUCUUUUUGAUAAUAGGCCCCAUUGCCUGCUGGGAGGCUCAGCAUAGACUACACUGCAAAGUCACUUUUCCCUGUUACUCCAGACCCUUCCCCCCUUUCAUUUCCUAAGCCUGUCAUAGACCCCUGGAUUCCAUCCAAGUUCAUUCUUCUGACUGGGAUGUUUCUAUUGUAUCUGUAACACUGGCACUGAAAUAAAGACCAUGCAGUUUAAAGAGACCUUUCCCACUUUGUACUUAAUGGUGGUGUAACAAAACCCUGUUGCUCCUUGCUCCCCUUUCAGUGAAGUCCAUGUCAAUCCGAUGUGGCACCCACAUUUAUUCUCAAAUUGAAAGUAACUAAGCAAGCUGUUCUUUGUGUGGAGGCCAGUUUCUUGAGCAUAUGGGUCCAAAGACCUGAGGUCUAGUGCUCUUCAGAACUAUGUCAGUGAUUUCCAGAGAAGAACUAUGUAUUGCUGCACUGUGUGUUUUUUAGUAUGCAGUGUCAGCCAAGUAGUGGCUUCAUGAACCUCUGUGGAGAGGUGAAGAAUGGGAGCCAAGGCCCAUAGCGAGAGAGAGGGCAGCUAUGUAUGGUGUUCAGCACCCUCCAGGACUGGGGAAGGGGAGGGGUCACACCUUGGAUUUUCAUCCCUUGAGCAUAUUGGCAUGUUGAGUAGAGUCUUUUCUCCAACCCUGAUGCUUUCUCAAAGGAAACU